AUGGUGUUCAAUCUCCGAACCUUCAGUUUUUCCGAGUCCUUUGAAGAUGAUCCAACACCUCCUAAAAGCUUCUCUCUAGAGGAGCUCCAAGUCGCAACGCAGAACUUUAGCCUCAACAACUUGUUGGGUGAAGGUAGAUUUUGCCAAGCUUACCGGGGGCGCUUGGCCGAUGGUUCGCUAGUGGCAAUAAAGAGAGCGCUCCAUGUCGAUCAACAGAGUGAAGAGUGGUUCGAAGCAGAAAUAAAAGUGGGAAGCACAGUUUCGACGCACCCAAACGUGCUAUGCCUGAGGGGCUUUUGUAGGACCAAAAAAGAGCUCUUACUGGUCUAUCCCUUGAUGAUCAACUAUUGCCUAUCUUACGAUCUUAGAGAGAGACCAGAUCGGUUUGCCCGACCUCUCAAUUGGACUACUCGCAAGCGAAUAGCCUUGGGAGCAGCAAGGGGGCUUGCACACCUUCACAAUCAAGGUAACAUCAAGAUCAUGCAUCGCAACAUCUGCGCGUCAAAUAUACUGCUGAACAGGCAUUUUGAGGCCAAGAUAGGAGGAUUUUGGUUUGCCAUUAUCAUGGAUGAGAGAAAUGUAGAGGAAGGGACUAUUGAAUGGCCCACGUGCAUUCCAAGGUGGGGCAGGGGAGUCUCAUUCUCAUCACCGGUAGGAGAAAAUUCAGCAGAAUUUUAUGUCAAUACCCCCAUCCGUGGCAGACCUGGGUUUAUUGCCCCCGAGUACUUAAACACAGGAAAGUGCACGCUGAAGAAUGAUGUCUUUGCAUACGGGAAGAUGCUUCUCGAGCUCAUCUCGGGACAGCUGAUUUACAACUUUCCCACUGAGGUACUCGAUGACAAAGCUUUCUGGCCGAAGGAUUGCAUUAGGAAACUUAAGAAUGAAGACCAAUUGGGAAGGGUGAUCGAUCCCAAUAUGCAGGGGAACUACGUGGAAGAAGAAGCAGAGCGACUACUCCGACUGGCACUGCUGUGCUCACAUGAGGAUCCAUCUAUUCGACCAGAGAUGUCUGAAGUUGUUCAAAUGCUCGAAAGCCAGUUUCUUUGGCGGUACCCCAGUACCGGGACUAGUUGGAGUCAAAGUGAUUGUGACUCAACUCCGUACUAUUCUUUCCCUCCUUCUCCUUCUCCUUCUCCAUCUCUGCGGAUUGUUGCAUGA